GGUCAUUGUCAUGGCCUUAAAUUUUUCUGUUAGUUUUAAUUCUCCAUGCGGUGGCUAAUAACCCCUAGAGCACGAGUUGUUUCUCGCCUGCACAGAAACAACUUGGAGGAGUCAUGAAGAAAAUAGCAUUUGGAAAGAUAUCACUUCCUGUAGCUGGUACAUCCAAGCUGUCAGCAGAAGGUACUGAGGGUGGAAACUUGGAAAAUGCACCACAUGGAUUUGGGUCAUUUGGAAAGAAGGAGCCUCCAUCACAACUACGUGAAGCUCAGAUUGAAGAAAAGCACUCAGAUGAGAAUGAAGAAAUGACCAGGAUCAUGGGCUUUGAGAGUUUUGGUGGGAAAAAGGCCAGGCAGUUUGAUGUAGAUGCUGUGCUGAAGGACUCACUGAAGAGUGCUGUGGAAAGAAAUAAAGAUAACUUAGAGCGGCUAGCAGAGAUGUCCGCCGCCGGCGCCGCUGGGGACGCCACCGACGUCACCGCUCCGGACAGCGAGGAGGCGGAUGGCCAACACUCGGACGACGAUGACGUCAUUGGUCCGCCAGUGCCGCCUACGCUGGCGGGCUCGGUGGGUGACGAGGAUGGAGGAGCCAGUGACGUCAGUGAGGACGAGGAGGACAAUGACCCGCGCGGCUGGAUCCCGCACGCGCAGGAGCUGGCGCUGGAGCACGGCGCGCGGCCGGUGACGGCGCUGGCCGCCGACCCGGCCGGCUCGCGGCUCGUCAGCGGCGGCCUAGACUACGUGCUCAAGUACUGGGACUUCAACGGCAUGGACGUCGGCCGCCGCUGCUUCCGCGAGAUGCGGCCGUUUGAGAGCCACCCCAUCAACGACGUGCAAUACUCGUCGACGGGCGACCGCGUGCUGGCGGUGUCGGGCAGCUCGCGCGCCAAAGUGCUCGACCGGGAUGGUCUGGAGGUGGCCGAGACGCCGCGCGGCGACAUGUACCUGGUGGACAUGCAGCGCACCAAGGGCCACGUGGCGGCCAUCAGCAGCGCCGCCUGGCACCCCAAGCUCAAGGACGAGUUCCUCACCUGCGCCAGCGACGGCACGUGUCGCAUCUGGCACGUGGAGGACGCGGCCAAGCAGCAGCGGCACGUGGUGAAGCCGCGGCAGGCGGGCGGCCUGAAGACGCACCCGAGCGCCUGCAGCUACAGCCGCGACGGCACCCUGGUGGCGGCCGCCUGCACGGACGGCUCCCUGCAGAUGUGGGACCACCGGAAGAGCUAUGUGAACACGUGCAUGCUCGUGCGGGACGCCCACCAGAAGGGCACCGAGACGUCGAGCAUGGUGUUCUCGUACGACAAUUUGAGCGUAGCCACACGAGGUGGCGACGAGACACUGAAGCUCUGGGACGUCCGCCAGCUCCGGAAGCCCGUGCACACGACCGCCGGCCUGUUCAACAAGUUUGCCAUGACCGACUGUCUGUUCAGCCCCAAUGACCAGCUGGUGGUGACCGGCACGUCGUUGGAUCGGGGCGAGACGGUUGGCCAGCUGCACUUCUUCAGCCGGCUGACGUUCGAGAAGGUGGCCCAGCUGCCGGUGGCCGAGGGGCACGUGAUUCGGAUCGUCUGGCACCCGCGCAUCAACCAGCUGAUGCUGGGCUGCGGCAGCGGCGUCUGCAAGGUGCUGUUCGACCCGGACAAGUCGCACCGUGGUGCCAUCCUCGCGGCCGGCAAGAAGAAGUCCAAGUCGAAGCAGAUGGAGGUGGUGAUGAAUACGCAGGUGAUUACGCCGCACGCGCUGCCCAUGUUUCGCGAGCCGCGGCCGCGCUCCACCCACAAACAGAUUGAGAAGGCCCGCCAGGACCCGCAGAAGUCGCGCCGGCCCGACCUCCCCCAGGGAAAGUCAGGCACUGGCGGCCGCGUGGCCACUGGCGGCUCCACGCUCUCCUCCUACAUCAUGCGCACGCUCGGUGUCGAGGCCAAGAAGCGCGAGGAAGGUGACCCGCGCGAAGCCCUACUCAAGCACGCCAAGGAGGCGGCUGAGAACCCCUACUGGGUCACGCCGGCCUAUGCCAAGACGCAACCGAAGCAGAUCUUCCAGCAACCCGAGAAUCAAGACGAACCGGACCCAAAGAAACGCAAGACGUAAUUCGUAUCAUCUUUUCAUCAUGUUGUCGACGUUGAUGUUGCGUAUAUCUAUGUACGUCAGCACCCCCCAUCUUAAAUGCAAUGUACAU